AAUGCACCUCUAGCUUUCGGCAUCGAUACCAGCUUAUGGUUGCUCAUGUGCUGUCCAUCCCUCUCUUUCUGCUACUUCCAGUUAUAAACAUGAUAUAUAUAUAUAUAUAUAUAUAUAUACACACACACACAUAUGGUACACUUUGGCUUCUGGUGGCUCAUGAAACGAGGUCGAGGUCCUUCCGUUUUCGGCUGGGGUCCUAAUUCAUCUCUCUUUUAAGCUUUAUUGUAGAUUUGUACCACUCUUUGUUGCCUUCCGCCUCCACCACUGAUAGGGAAAAUAUAAAUGGGGAGGUAAAAGGUGGCAAUCUUAUUUGCAUUAUGGAGGUAGCAUUCACUCUCUGAACCUUCUCCUGGACACUUUUCAGAAUUUCGGUUUCAUUUCCUUCUAAACUGCCAGCAUUCAGGCCUCUCUUUCUCUCUCUUGAUCUACUCCUAUUUACUAUUCCCCUUGUUUUCCUCUUAGGGUUUUAGUUUUACCUUCAAAAGAACUUCUCCCUCUCACCGUGAAAAAAAAAAACAUGGACAGCUCUGAAAAUUGCGUUUGUUGGCACAGAUAUAGACAUCUACUCAUAAUUUCCAGCUUGCUCUUUGUGCUUUUGGUUUCAAGCUCGACCAAAGUGAGAUUCAUGGCUGAAGGAAGAGGCAUUCCAGAGUUAGUUAAGGCUGCUCAAGAAAGGAUAGAAGAGAAGAAAGUAGUAAGGAUGGUGAGAACUCAGAUAGGGUCAAGGCCACCAAGUUGCGAGAGGAGGUGCAGCAACUGUAAGCACUGCGAAGCAGUUCAGGUCCCGAUCGUCCCAAGAGUACUGCAAAAAACACCCAGGACAAACCACUUCUCUGCAGCUGCUGUUGCGACCCCCACAAUUGCAUACUCCAGAGAUGGGGUCUCUAACUACAAGCCUAUGUGCUGGAAGUGCAAGUGCGGGGACUUCAUCUUCAAUCCUUGAUUGAACUUUUUCACCAUUUUCAAUUUGGUAAAUAAGAUACUAGCAAUUGUAACACUGAUCCGUCCCUUUCUCUGGCCAUCUUUUUAGAGAUUUCCUUCAACCAUCCCUAUAUAUAUACGAUGGGGAUUGGAUUGUAGAGUGCAUUCGUGGGUUGUUUUUGCACAUUAAGCUGUGUGCCCAGCUCCCUAAUUUCAGCAUCCACUUUCUGUA